CUUAGAAGCGCUGUCGAUGGAGUUCAGAACAUGUUGUCCAAGGGAGUUAUUGUAUGCAGAUGAUUUGGUUCUCAUAGCAGAGUCGAUGGAAGAAUUAGUUGAAAAGUUUGAGAAGUGGAAGAAAGGACUAGAAGAGAAAGGGCUAAAGGUAAACACAGCAAAGUCUAAAGUCAUGAUUAGUAGCAUUGCAGCCAAGUGUGACCUUGUAGUUGGAAAGUGGCCUUGUGGAGUUUGCAGGAAAGGGGUUGGUAGUAACUCAAUUUUUUUUCAGACUUGCAAGCAUUGGGUGCAUAAGAAGUGCAGUAGUAUUAGUGGAAGGUUAAGAGCUGACAUACAGUUUGUAUGCAAGCGUUGCAAAGGUGAGAUUAUAGAGAAUGAAGUAUUUCCAGCUUUAAUGAUGUACAACAGUGGCUCGUUAAAGAUAGUUGAGAACUUCUGUUACUUAGGUGAUAUUUUGGGCAGUGAAGGGGGUGUUGGAAGAAGUGUUACUUGCAGGAUAGGUUCUGCUUGGAAAAAGUUCGGAGAGUUACUUCCUUUGUUGACUAGCAGAGUCCUGUCAAUUGAGGUAAAAGGUAGGUUGUAUGAGGCCUGUGUAAGAAGUGUUAUGUUGCACGGUAGUGAGACAUGGGCAGUGAAGCAGGAAGAUCUUGACCGUUUAGAAAGGAAUGAUAUGAGAAUGGUUAGGUGGAUGUGUAACGCCAGUCUGAGAGACAGAAAGAGUUCAGAUGAGCUAAGAAGCAGGCCAAGUCUCCGUAGAAUUUAAGAUGUUACCCAGAUAAGAAGAUUGAAUUGGCUGGGGCACUUGGAAAGAAUGGAGGAGGAUAAUUGGGUAAGAAAGUGUAGAGACUUGAUAGUUCCUGGGGCAAAGCCCAGAGGCAGACAGAGAAAGACUUGGCAGGAGGUUAUAAGGGCAGACUUGAUACAGAGGAAGUUGAGUUUAGAUCUAACACAGUCUAGAUCAGAUUGGAAGAGGGUCAUUAAUAUACCCCGUCCAACCCAUGCUAGCAUGGAAAACGGACGCUAAGCCGAGAAUGAUGAUGAUGAUGAUGUAGCCUGUUUAUUAUUUUAUUUGAUCUGAAGUUACAUGGGUGCAUUUGUAAAAGGGCUUCUCAUUGGAUGUGUAACACAUAUACCUGUAUCCUGAUGGUCAAUGUGGUUUAUUGUAUUGACUGCUUGACCGGUCAUUGUUUAACAUUAGUUUUGCAACCUUUAUAGGGAAACAGAUUAAGUGAAAUAAAUUAUGUCGUCUGAUAGUUUUUGCUAUAGCAGACCUCCCUAAGUGUUUUACUGGAAGCACUCCACACUGGUUGUGCGAAAUGGUUUAACUGGACUAUGUGGUCAACCAAAAUUGCAAUGCUAACCUUUUGUUGCUUUAAUGAAUUUCUUAUCUUCCAUGCUUAAUGUUUUCUUGGUGCUGCAUUAUUUUAUUGACAUAAUCUAGCCCCUAUGCAUGGAUUUUGUUUUAUUUAAACAUGCUUUUACUGGUACAACUUUUAUUAGAACCCUUAUUUACUCAAAAAAUGAUGUAACUUUAUUUCAUUAUAUUUCAGUCUUGCGUUUGUGAGAAGGUUUAAAAAACGAUAUUUAGUAAUUAGUCUAGCAUCACCUGUUGCAAAUGCUAGCCAAGCGGACUUAAGUUUUUUAUUGGCUUGCGAUACGUCGAUGAUUAGAAAUAGGCUUUGUGUAUCCUAGAGUAACAAAAAAACCCAGCUCCGUCAUAACAUUGGUUCCACAGCUUCAUAGCUGUACAGCUAUCUUGUUUAUCUAUAUAUUAUCGAAAAAAUCAGCGCGAAAUCACGAGGGAAUACGGGAAAAACGCCCUAGCAACCACAAUAUACAACCGGUUGCUAGGGAAAAUUUUGGAAUAUGCAUUGUCAAAAAUUGUGGAUUUAAGCCAUAUCUCUUUCAAAUUUAGUAAAAUCUUUUAAGAGCUUAAUUUUCCAUCUUCAUAGACUGUUUUUCCACAGAAAAGAAAAAUCGCAAAUUUUAUGUAUCCUUCCAAAUUUUUGGUGUUUGGUGUUUAAGUCACACAAGUUAGUAUUUUAAAGUCCCAACUGACUUUGUCAUGGUAGCGACCAUAGGUACUACUUUGAUCUUUAAUAUCCUGAGAACCAAAACUCACAAAUAUUUAAAAAAUAAACAUUAUUCAUAUUUAUAUACAUUAUAUAUAAUGAACAUUUUUAUAAAAAAAAUAAUUUUGACAUCUUUUAAAUCAUGUAUGGUUUUAUUGAAAGUUUGUUUUGUAAAAUUGUUGCCUAAUUUAGCGCUUGGCAUAUAUGUGACAGUUCCACAUGGCAAUGACACAUAAAAAUUUGAUCUAAAUACGUGUUGUGUUCAUAGAUGAAUCUUUAUCAUACCGCACCCAUAUUGUCACUCCUCUCUUAACUGAAAAUGUUUCAUCCCGAUUGGACCUCUCUGAUCAUGACGACAAGUAGCUAUGGGAAGUCAUAUUAAAGAAAACUAGUGACUUCUGGUUCAUGACGUCCCCUUCUAUUCUGAUGUGACAAAUAAAUGAAGGCUGUACACCGCAAAAUAUUGCCCGCCUGGGGUCUAAGUGCAGACAGAGCUCAAUAGAAUGUGUAUUUAGAAUUUACAAAUUUUUGACUCGAAUAUUUUUGCAUCGAGCUACAACGAAGGUCUUCAACAAAGAUGUCACACAAAAGAAAAUGUUUCAAACUGUCGCCGUAAACUGCAUAUGAAAAACAAAAGGACAGUAGAAUGUCUUUGAAAAUUACAAAUUUUUGACUUAAAUAUUGUCGCCCUAAACUACAACGAAAGUCUUCAACAAAAAUGUCACAAUGAAGAAAAGUUUUCAGAAUGUCGCCGUAAACUGCAUAAGAAAAACAGAAAUUCAAUACAAUGUGUAUUUAGAAUUUACAAAUUCUUGACCCAAAUAUUGUCGCCCUAAACUACAACAAAAGUCUUCAACAAAAAUGUCACAAUGAAGAAAAGUUUUCAGAAUGUCGCCGUAAACUGCAUAAGAAAAACAGAAAUUCAAUACAAUGUGUAUUUAGAAUUUACAAAUUCUUGACCCAAAUAUUGUCGCCCUAAACUACAACAAAAGUCUUCAACAAAAAUGUCACAAUGAAGAAAAGGUUUCAGAAUGUCGCCGUAAACUGCAUAAGAAAAACAGAAAUUCAAUACAAUGUGUAUUUAGAAUUUACAAAU